UUAGGGCGUGUAUGGAAGGGUCAAAUGAAGUUGGUUCUGUUUCAAGAAUGUUUUCAAGUUUUCAACCUUCUGAGAACAGAGCUGUUGAAUCAGCUGUUCCACAGGUUGCUCUCUUAAGGCUUUUGCUUUUCUCAGUGAAAACACCGCCGCGCAGUCUGUUGUUACUUCCCAUUGCGUCUGACCCAAAGGUGUGGGAUGCUGUCAUGGAAAACAAGGAUCUCAUGAAUUUCUUGAGACCAACACUGCUUCAACUAAGGAUGAAGCUGACAAUGACGACAAAUCUGAACUUUCUAGCGAGACUGAAAGUGAAGAAGACAGUGAAGAGAAGCCAAUCCAGCUCAUGGAGAUUCUCGCGAGACAUGAAGCUGAAAGCUGUUCAAAUGAUGGAAAAUGUAUCUUCCUACUUUGGGGUUUGUUCAGGACAGAGACUUUCACAGAGGGUGGACAGGAGAGGAAGAGGAUGUUGCUCAACGACCCUACUACUCUCUUUGGAUUAGCUGUUUGCGUUAUUUUCAUGGUAGUUCUGAAACGUGCUAACAAGUUCCAGUUUCCUUUUAAACUUGCCGAUAUAGCUUAUACUACUGUGUUCUCUUUCUGCUACUUCAUUAUCGUUUAGAGUUUUUUUUUUAAACUGUUCUACUUAUGUUUGGAAUGAUUUGGAACUUGCCUUUGAUAUUUUCAUAAAUAAAAGUAUGCUUGGGUUGAA